CCCUUUAACAUCCAAAACAGCGCCAGCAAGUUUGGUUGUUUGAAAUAACAUUACUGUUUUGAUUUUUGGCAUAACAUACACAUAAUUGUUGCUAUUUCUGACGUCAUGCGUGAUCUCGAACUCUCUGUGUGCGGAUAUUUGCUUUUGUUACCCUGACAAUAAAUAUGGCAGUUAUUUUAAGGUCAUUGUUUUCUGCUCGAGUACUACCUUCACAUUUCUUAGUCGAUUCUUCCGUGUUUACAAUUUUGGCAUUAACGGAGGUCACGAAAAUCGACAUGGAUUUUCCGCGAGGAAUAUGUGGCGCUAUUUACAGUCGUCUAUAGUAAUAUAACGCGACUGCGUUUAUUUUGAGGUCGUGACCUCAUUGUUCGGAAGUAUUUACCUUUGGUUGUCGGGUUACGCUCCAGGGGUAGGGUAGGGAUUGACUACUUUCGAUUUCUUUCUCAACCAAACUAUGCUUCCAAGAUAUGGACGAACUUCUUGUCAAAACUAGUACCUCCAGACAACUUCUACUCCGCUGGCUUUCAUUCUUGACGUUGUUGGUAUCCUAUUUGUCCGCUCAAGAAGUGGAACCAAACCCACCAUUGAAUGUGUCAGUUGACUCAAACAGCUCACGAGUAGUGAAUAUUUCCUGGAUUGCUGGUUUUGAUGGGAACAGUGCAAUUCAGAACUACACGGUGAAGAUAAGUGAAGAUAAUACAAACUUUGUAGAUGCUGUCUGUCAAGGAUCCCUGUCAAAUAGUUCCUGUGUGGUAUCCAGUACAAGUGCUUCUAUUGGAAACCUCUUACCUUGGACAUUAUAUUACUUUAAAGUGUUUGCAAGAAACAUAGUUGGCAUCAGUAAUGGGAGCCUUGUAGUGAGUGCUACCACAGAUGAAGAAGAGCCUGGUACUUCACCUGAAAAUGUGACAGGACAGAACAGCAGCUCAACCAGUAUCUUAGUCAUGUGGGAUGAAGUUUCAGCUGAUCAGCAGAAUGGUAUCAUCACGGGUUACACCAUUACUUACAAGUCACAAACAGAAAAUAAUGAUGGAAAUGUUCAAGUAAAUGGCUCUGUUCGUCAGACGGAAUUGACAAAUCUAAAGGAGUACGUCAACUACAAUAUCACAGUGCUUGCAUCUACUGUGAAAGGAGAUGGACCAGCCAGUGAUCCCAUUGUUGUAAGAACAGACCAGGAUAAACCUGAUGGUGUUCCACAAAAUGUGAGAGGACAGAACAGCAGCUCAACCAGCAUCUUAGUCAUGUGGGAUGAAGUUCCGGCUGAGCAACAGAAUGGUAUCAUCAUGGGUUACACCAUUACUUACCAGUCACAAACAGAGAAUGACAAUGGAAGUGUUCAAGUAAAUGACUCUGUUCGUCAGACGGAAUUGACAAAUCUAAAGGAAUACGUCAACUACAAUAUCACAGUGUUUGCAUCUACUGAGAAAGGAGAUGGAAAUGCCAGUGAUCCAAUUGUUGUUAGAACAGACCAAGAUAGUAAGUAA